UGAGCAAUCGGGCCGGCGUUCCGCCCGUCCGCUGCCUGCCGCCCUGUGAACCCUGAAUCGAUAGAUUGAAUCGGCCGCCUUUCUUCCUUCCCUUCCACCACCGUCCUCAACGCCGUCCCCGAGGUCGAUCAGAUCAAGCGCUUCGCCCCGCAUGUCCCUGAGCCAUCGGGGCCGUCAGCUGGCCUUGCCCUUGCUAACGGCCGGACUGGCCGUCCUCGCCGUCCUCUAUGCGCCUUCACGGACACCACGGGUCGGCUGGACUCAAGCGCUCGCGUCACUUGCUAUGCCCAAUGACUCGUGGACGAAUGAAGCCUGUCGCUUCUCCUAUGCGCGGUUCCACCUCUAUUUCACCCUGCCUCCUACAGCGAUCUUGUAUGCGGUGUAUCGCCCAUUCAUGACGCCGGUGGAUUAUGCGAAGCUGCUCCUCUUGCCGGGGAUUGCUUUCGUGUGGACGACGCUGUGGGAUAAUGAGCUCGUGAGGCAGAGGGCGUGGAGCUACCCGCGCUCCUGUGUGAUGGGAGUUGUGGGAUAUGUGCCUGUCGAGGAGUAUUUCUUCUUCCUCAUCCAAUCAGUCAUGACUACCCUCCUCACCUCGUGCUUCACUCGUUGGCUCCUCCCGACACUCUACAUCGCCGAGCCACGCGCGCCGUCAAUAGCCAGGCGGCUGCUUCGCCCCUCCUUCCUCUGCCUUGCUUUCUGCAGCAUAGCACUCUAUUACGGUCUGCUCCUCUCACGACCCGGCGCCCACAGCUACUACAUCGGCAUGAUCGCUUGGUGGGCCUCGAUACCCCUCGCCUUGCUCCUUUGGGGCUCCUCCAACUUCAUCUCACGCAUGCCUUGGAGAGCGCUCGUUCUCAGCGUGGCUAUACCCACCUUCUACCUUUGGGGAACGGACAUCUUUGCACUGAGGAGAGGGACGUGGCACAUCAGUGAGAGGACUAGCUUGGGGAUCUUUCCUCUGCCGAAUCUACCGGUCGAGGAGGCAGUCUUCUUCACAGUGACGAACGCUCUGCUCGUCGUGGCGUCGUACACCUUCGACCGCUGUCUGGUCAUCAGCAAGCUCGACGCAAAGCUGCCCUAUGCGCCGAGCUACUUGCCACUGAAUUCGGCUUCGAUCUCCUCGCUGUGGCGCACAUUCAUUGCGAGAGAUCCGGUCACUGCCUCCGCGGGCGAGAGGGACGGCGUCAUGGACGAUGAAGACGACACCGCUGCCUACCUGGCCAACCUUCGCACCUCCCUAUCCAUCCUCUCGAAAGCCUCAAGGUCGUUCAGCAUGGCCUCCCUUCUCCUUCCCUGGGAUCUACGCUCCGACCUCUGCAUCCUCUACGCUUUCUGCCGAGCGGCAGAUGACUGCGUUGACGAAGUGAGAGAGCAUGCCGUCCCGAACACGACUGGAGGGAGCAGCCCAGCCCUUGCGCAACAUCAGCUGCACCACCGCAGGAGGUCAAGUAGCCUGAUCUCGACCUCACGACUCCGCCUCUUAUCAGAUCUAGUCGCCCUCAUCUACCGCAUGGACCUGCCUCCGCAUCUCGUUCGCAAACAAAUCCGUGACACCCUCACCACCCGCAACCUGGAGCUCAGCACCCAGUCUCGCGAGAAUCUUCGCGCCUCUGCCUCCGCCGUGGUGCACCUGCGGCAUCUCGUCCCCAAGUCCUUGUGGGACGAGCUGCUUCGAGGGUACGAGCGCGACCUUGACCUCGAUCUGGGCGGGAGUAGCGCACGUUUGCGCAGUAUGGACGAUCUAGUCGAGUAUGCACAAUGUGUUGCGGGUAGUGUCGGGGAGAUGUGCGUGCGGGUCGUGCUGGGUAGGUGCGCCCCGGGAGAGUGGGAGGGCCUACCUAGCAGCGGAGAGUGGGGACUCAAGAGGUCGAUACGAUAUGACGCGAAAAGGGGAUUCGAGGGAUGCGCACCUGAUCUGGCGCAAAGACCGGAGGAUGCGGCCUUGCUGCCACGAUACUUGAUUUAUCAUGCGAGGAGGAUGGGCGUAGCGCUGCAGCUGGUCAAUGUAGCCAGGGAUGUGAUCGAUGACGCUGUCAGGCUGAGACGGUGCUAUCUGCCGAUCGAUGUCAUCAUGGGUGGUGGCAAGGGCGGUGAGGAGGAGGCAGAGCUGAUCCAGUCAGCCUUGUUUGCGGGAAAGGUCAGCGUGGCGAACACGGCAACAGCGACAGGGAAGACGAACGGAAACUCGACUCCCACGCUCCCUUCGACACCUAAAUCCUCCCGCCUCCCCGCCAUCUCACCUGCAGCGCUGCGGCCCACCACGCUGCACCUCGUUCACCUCGCAACACAACUGUACAGCACCUCCUUUCCGGCCCUAACCGCCCUCGGGAGCAUCUCUCCUCCCACCCGCUCGGGGCUGCGGGCGGCGUGUAGCGUCUACUUCGGGAUAGCGGAGAGCAUCAUAUCGCAGGAUGCGGAGCAGGUCGAGAGGGGAGAGAGGGCGACGAUGAGUUCGUCGGAAAGGGCGAGAAGAGCUGGAAGAGCCGUCUGGUUUGGGUGGGGUUAAGGCGAAGAUACCUUUUCUUCUGAUUGUUCUCGAGGAGGCUGCAAUCCGCAACUUCGUUUCGCACCGCUCGA